ACCUCGGAAUGAAGACAUGGCGUGGUCUGAGUCAACAUAGCCUUCGAGCAAACACCUUUGUUCGCUGGUCGUCAACAAUCCAAAAACCGGCCAAUAUCGCAUCGUUACUAAAGUCUUCUGCCGAAAGCACCGACGAGUCUUCAUCAGAGAUUGAAGUCAAUGGUUACGUACGGACGAUCAGGAAACAAAAGCGUAUAGCCUUUGCAGCGGUUGGGGAUGGGUCGUCUUUACAACCUGUGCAGGCUGUCUUGACGCCGGAUCAAGCUUUGUCUCUAUCCACUGGUGACGCGAUCAAACUUCGUGGUAAAUGGCAGAAGUGCCCUCCAGGCAAAGCCCAGACACAUGAGCUGCAAGUGUCAGAAGCUGCAAAACUUGGCUACAAUGAUCCUACCAAGAAAUAUCAGAGUCCGGAGUUUUUGAGGACCUUGCCUCAUCUGAGAUCCCGACUUCCGUUCAACGCACUCGUUCUUCACCUCCGGUCACAGGUCAUCGGCAGCAUCACAAACUUCUUCAACAAAGAGGGCUUUGUACAAACACAUCCGCCAAUCCUGACUUCCUCGGAUUGCGAAGGUGCAGGUGAAGUCUUCACGGUGUCCUCUAAUGCUUCCAAGGACAGUAUGCAAAAGUCAGAUGAUGGUGAAGUUGAGCACUUUUUCCGCACACCAAAGUACCUCACGGUGUCAUCUCAAUUGCAUCUCGAAGCCCUAUCACAAUCUGUUGGCAAUGUGUGGACUCUAUCGCCAACCUUCAGAGCAGAGAAAAGUGAUACACCUCGCCAUCUCAGCGAAUUCUACAUGCUUGAAGGAGAAAUGUGUUUCGUCGACGAUGCGAACCAAGUCAUGAACCUGAUCGAAAAUAUGCUGUCGACCAUGGCGAAUGACUUGCAAGGCUCUCAUACGGUACAGCAAAUCCUCCAAGCCAAAGCAAGUCAGACUUCAGAAGAGGCAGCAGAAGAAGGCGCAGUCACUGCAGAAGAGCUCUCUCGUCGUUGGCAAGGUAUGGCCCAAUCUAAUUGGCCCAGGGUCCAAUACGCCAAAGCGAUCGAAACACUCGAAGAGGCCGUCAAGCAAGGCACAAUCUUCCAAUUCACACCAUCGUGGGAGGAAGGGCUUCAAGCCGAGCAUGAACGCUUCCUAGCAGAGCACUUUGGCAAAGGACAACCCGUGUUCAUCACCGACUACCCUAUCGAGCAAAAGCCCUUCUACAUGUCAAAGACACCAGGUAGCGACCGCACAGUCGCCUGCUUCGACCUUUUGGUCCCCGAUCUUUGCGAACUCAUAGGUGGCUCAAUGCGCGAGCACGAUCUAUCUGCCAUCCAGAAAGCCAUGCAGCAACGCGGUAUGCUGCGUGAGCUGACGCCAGAACAACAAGCUGCUGGUGAAAGCGAAAUCCCGGAACACAAACUCUAUGAGGGCAAACAUGCAGGCUCGCUCGACUGGUAUCUGGAUCUUAGACGCUAUGGCAGUGUUCCUCAUGGCGGAUUUGGAUUGGGCUUUGAUAGAUUGUUGUGCUAUCUGGCUGGUGUGGGCAGUAUCAGAGACGUAGUCGCCUUCCCACGAUGCUUCCCAAAGGCCACCGGUUUUGCCGCAUACACUUCUCGAGACGACCACUCUCCACGGCCAUACACCCACAUCACUCUGAGUGCUCUUCGAGAACGCAUCCAACCUGGAUUCACAGACUCUCGCCCCUACGGUCGGACACAUGUCCGUGCAAGAGAAAAUGGUCCUCCAGGAGGAGGACAACGAAUACGANNCUACGAGGGUCUACCGCCAAACUUCAGUCUGGCGGCCAACAUGGCAGCCGGUGCCUUCGCCGGUGUCGCCGAACACUCUGUCAUGUACCCUAUUGACUUGUUGAAGACACGAAUGCAGGUCAUGAGUCCGACGCCUGCCGCCAUCUACACCGGUCUUGGAAACGCGAUCGCUACCAUUUCACGAGCCGAGGGUUAUCUGUCGUUAUGGAGGGGCUUGUCCAGUGUGAUUGUUGGCGCUGGACCUGCGCACGCCGUUUAUUUUGCCACAUACGAGGUUGUCAAGCAUCAAAUGGGUGGAAAUGCAGCGGGCCACCACCCUCUCGCAGCAGGUGAGAUUUGGACAUCUUUGCUGCUCUGGUUGGACAGUGGUGCCUGCGCUACAAUUGCCAGCGAUGCCUUUAUGAAUCCCUUUGACGUCAUCAAGCAGCGCAUGCAAGUACACGGAAGUGUCUACACAUCCAUCACCCAAUGCGCACGCUCCGUCUUCCGCAACGAGGGCCUCCGCGCCUUCUACGUCUCGUAUCCCACCACUCUCGCCAUGACCGUUCCCUUUACCGCUCUCCAAUUCACCGCCUACGAGUCCAUCACAAAACUCAUGCACCGCCGCGAUGGCUACGACCCUUUGACCCACUGUACUGCCGGAGGUCUUGCCGGUGGUAUCGCCGCUGCCGCCACCACUCCUCUCGACGUUAUCAAGACAUUGCUGCAAACCAGCGGUAGCUCUACCGAUGCCGAAAUCAGAAGCGCCAAGGGCUUGUUCGAUGCUGCUGGCAUCAUUGCGAGAAGAGACGGCGCAAAGGGUUUCUUCAGGGGUAUGAAGGCUAGAGUUGUCACUGCUGCACCUAGCACUGCCAUCUGC